CAUCCAUCCAGCCAUCCAUGCACUUCUUGCCCGCCCCCUCCAGCACUGGGGAUCUGGGGACACUCACUCUAGGGUCACCAAUGGCCUGUCUCUCUGGCUCCAGCAGCACGGCUCUUGAAGCGCAGUCCCAUCCAGGGCAUCUCCUUGACGCUCACAGGCCCUGUGGCCUGUAACUGCAGCUACCAGAAUGUGUCCAUCUUGCCUGACAUGCUAUGCACGGUGCCGCCGAAGAAAAGCACCAGCUGCGAGGACGACGAUGGAGGGCCCCUGGUUUGCCAGGAGAAGGGCACGUGGUUCCUGGCUGGCGUCUCCAGCUUUGGUGACGGCUGCACUUUGAGGCGACGCCCGGCAGUCUACACGGCUGUGAGCUCCUAUGAAGACUGGAUUCAGGAUGUCACACGGGAGGGAUACUUCAUGGAGCAGCCCCUGCCCAUCCCGGAGAGCAGGGAUGCUGACAGAUGCCCCAAGGUGGAAGGCAACUCCAUCACCAGCUGGAUCAGCAUCUGGCAGCGGCCACUGAGAAGCUCACUCAGCCUUUCAAUUGGUGGAUGAAGGAGCAUCAGAGACCAAUUGGAUGCCCUCUUUGCCUGUGUCUUCGAUGCUGGGGUCAUUGGGAAUCAAAUUCCCACCCACAAAUCUGUGACUUGCCUCCAAUUGGUUCCCCUAACAACAUAGCUCCCCAGAAGUGGCUAGCACAUGGGCGCAGAGGCCCAUGGGGGUCAUGAUGUGGCUGGCUCUGGGGUGGGAUACGUAGUGCUGGACUGAUGUGGGUCUCCUGGGGGUGAGGGGUCCUCAUGGAUCCUCUACCUGGAGCACCCGGCCAAUAAAGUCCUUUGGGUUUGGU